AUGCUGGAUUUCUUGGAAGCAGCAAGAGUGCAACAACCUGCCCGAGAUGCUUUGCUACAAUUCUUUCGUGGCAGAACAAUUCCCGCGGAUGUUAACACCGCGGCUCGCCAUGCUGCUGGGGUGGAAACUCGCACAGGAGGCUGCUUCACCUUCCUCACCGUCACCAACCAAGGAGCCGCGGCCCUCAACCUAGGUCGAUUGGCGAUCCAGUUUCCGGACGCAGCAGCAAUCCUGCGAGAUGGUGGCGGCAUUCCGGCAGAGAUUGGCCGAGUUGUCGUAGACACAGGCAUGCGGAUGCGCUUAACCCAGAACAUUGACAAAGACAGGGGCUUUGUGAAUGGGAAUACCGGCACCGUUCGAGCCAUGCUGAGGUCCGAUGUCUUUCUUCUGCAGUCCGACCAAGGACUACCGAUUCUGGUGCACCCUGUGACACAGCAAGGACGUAAGUUCCUGCCAGUCUCGUAUGGUUGGGCGACAACCAUAAGACGCGCCCAGGGAGCAACUUUGGACAAGGUUGGGUUGUGGUUUGAUCGACGGCUUCCUGACCGAGGCUACGGCUACGUUGGUUUAUCCCGAGCCAAACGUCGACAAGACGUUUUUCUCCUCGGCCGUGUUCGCCGCACCGAUUGGCGAGCAGUUAACGGCGAGAACGAUAACUCGGAGCAGAACCAGGUGUCUGUGUUCAGCGAGAGCACCCACAGCAGCGAAGAGAUGGACAUCAUCGAAUCGAGCACUGAAACACAGUCACCACGUGGCAGCUCACCAACCGGAUCGACUUCAGAAGAGCCGAGCUUCGAGCCAUCGACCAACGAGGACUCCUCCGUCGACCCAUAUCGUUUGAUGGGCAGCCAAAGUGAUUGGGAUUUGUCUACCAGCAGCUAG